GAACACUAGGUAUCGAUCAGUUGGCAGUGUCGGUUCUUCUCCGCGAUAGGUGCAAUCCGGACAGGCAUGCGAGUAGGCUGAACCAGUAACAGAACAUCGGACGUUGAGAUGUGCGACCGCACCAAGGGGUGAUCGUCCCCGUGGGUGUGUUAGUCCUUCACUCAUCCAACCAGCCUGUAAAUCGUUGCUACCACGACCGAUAGGAGUGGUUUACCUGCCUUGAGAUUGUGCCUUAGUUGUGUUGUGAUCCCCGUUGGAUUACCUUUUACUGGAGGUUCCGAAAACCGUUAGUACUCACUGACGAAUGCAAUGCUUCAGCGUGGACCGACCGCAACUGCUCUGUCCCCUGGCCUCUAUAUCGAUGCUGCCAGAAUGCUUGGAUCGUGUAAUAUUUCUUCAGCGUCCUCCGCUGGUGACUCCACAGUGGCAGUUAAUCCCCUUCCUCCUGGCAUGUAUGCUGCUGGGACAAUGUCACCUAAACUCAUUGGUAUUACACCUGUGCUCACACGGAUUCAGUCCCCGCCGGCUCAGCAGCUACCCACAAAAUCGGAUAUUUUUGUUCACACUCAGCAUAUCUCGAAGACUCAGGUCCAAGCUGAAACACCACCACCCGAGCAUGCUUUUAAUGGCCCCGAUGGAAAGAUUCAGAAAAAACACAAAAUUGGACGUGUAGGUCUAUCUCGCGCAAAUGAGGAGCUAGGUAGAAGCUUGCACUCGUUGAAAAUGACCAUACGACGCACCAGUCAAGCACAUCAAGUUCAUCCUAGCGCUUGCAGUGUUGUGACACCACCGGAGCCAAUAAACGCGUGUGUUUCCUGUGAUAUUUCUCUACAGCCAGCAAACCGCUUGGCUCCUAGCCCACUUACUGGUUGUACGGUGGCUGUAGUUCAGAACCGUUCUCCUUGUUCAACUGUGAACGCCAGUGCGGAAACGACUUCUCCAUCACAAUCCAAAACCGAUGCUUGCACUUCCACUCUCAGCUGCGCAACGAUUACCGAACCCGACCUCUUGGGACCUUGUCAACCUGGAACCAAAGUUGUAGUCGAGGGUGUCGUGUGGCUUGAGACCACAGGUAUGCUUGUCUUGAACAUACAGUGGCGUGGGCGUGCAUACAUGGGCACUCUGUUGGACGCCUCCAAGCAGAGCUUUGGGCAAUCUUGCCCGGACAAGGGGAUAAUCAGUGCGUUGAGUUUGCUAAACGGUCGUCGCGCCUGGCCUCACGGUUCCCCGGGUCGUUUUCGCACGCGCGGCUUGCACCAUUUCCAUCAUCAUCACCACCAUCAUCAUACCGCUCGUCAUCGACACCUUCCCCCGGGAGCAUCGAUGACCACACGUUCUGCUGCGGCUGCCGCUGCCGCCUCCAUUGAGCCCGCAGAAUCGAUCCGAUCUGUUGAACCUGAGUUGGAACUCGUUGAGAAUCACGAUGAUGACUGUCAACCCAACUUAUCAGUGUAUGACCUUGAAGUGCUCCCUGGCCCGGAGUCAUACAGUUCGAAUGGUCCCCAACGUGGCACCAAGCGUAAACGUCGCCGUGGGGCUGGAGUUGGUCGACCGUGUCGUCGAGUGGCGACCAAGUUGAACGCAGAAUCCACUGCACUUGUGUCAGUUUCCCCAGAACGAAAUGUAAACGAUCAAUCUCCGCACUUGGAGCAGGCAACUAGAACGGACACAUGUGCACCAGACUCCUCCACCACCCCCAUUCCCUUUUCCUGUCCAUAUCCAGGUUGCAAAAUGGAGUUUCCCGAUUUGUUGAGUAUGCGGUACCAUUUCUCCAUGGGCCACAUCACUCGCGAUCAAGCACUUGAUGACAGUCCCCCUCCCAACCCGUCCCAACCAGAGCGAAAUCUAGUCACCGUUGUCACGGAGUCAGAGCAAAAUUCAGAAACUGUGGUCUGCACAGUGGAACCGAAUUGUACCUUAAUACGACAUCCUCCUCCUAUACAGUCUUCACCUCCUCCAACUCUUGGCCGGGCUCACGGCGUGAUUAAAGAGCCAACUGAUGAGCACGGCCUCUGCAUGGCCUCAUUGGACGAUCGAUUCGACGAUAACUUGGCUCCACCAAGGCUGCAUCGUAUCGUUAGCAUCACUGAUUCUGUCAACGAGUUUUCUGAACGCCGGACCGCUUCCAGUCCAUCAAAACAGACGCGUUCACCCAGCCCAAACGACGAGCCUCCAGCGCCAAGCCCAGCUUAUUCGGACAUAUCCGACGAUGGGACAGUUCCUGCCGAGCUUCAGGAUUCCUCAUUCACCGGGGACUCCCCCAGUCGACAGUUGAGUUCUGUGAGCCAGUCGAAAUUGUUCACUCCUGGCCACACUCUUUUGUCUCCUCUAGCUGGGUCUUUAGUCUCCCGACGAGCGACCGCGUUUGAAUUCAAGGCAUCCCCCUCCAUUGCAUCACCUGUGUUAACACAUUCUCCAACCAUGCGGCACGGAGUUCAAAACGGUUUUUACUUCCCUGUUAGUAUCUUACCCCAUGUAGUCUCCGCGCCCCAUUCACCUUCAGCUGUGGUAUCAAAUUCGAAUUCUGUGAUGUCUGGUUUAAGUAUUGUAACCAACUCAAUUGACCUGAGACCUAGCGAUCAUUUGCCCGGGCGGGGGCUUUCACCAUCUCUUCCAUUGUCAACGUAUGCCCCGAUUACCCAGGCAACUUACUUACUUCCCACUCCACCUCCGACAAUUUGUACCAGCCAUUUUAUCCCAGCCCCACAUACUGUUUGUAUUCCCGGUGUGAACUCCUUUUCAACACCACCCCCCACACUUACAGCAGUAGCCACCCACAGACCCACUAUCGCCACAGCCGUGACUAAUGUGAGCACGACGACGUUGUACUCUAUUAGUUCGAGUGUUUCAACAUCGAACAGACACCACAUUGGCACACCGGAGACAGACCACACAACUGAUUCCGCCGUCCUGUCCCGCUCCAAACCACCGGAUACCGGGGUUUAUCAAACGAGUCAUUAUCCUCACCAUCGCCACCAUCAAAUGCGACGCGGCUCAGGCUCGAUUCGGCGACCACAUCAUUCCGACUUACAACAUUCCUCUACCUUAGGCCUUUCCUCAUUGGAUUUCCGCUCGGAUCCAAGCCACAUCCGAACUCAGGUUGGCGUUUCCUCGACUCGGUGUGCCGGCAGCGUGGAUCGAUGAGCGCACACACCCAAGCGUAGCUACGGUUUUUAACGUCUGAGCAGCUCGAUGACGCCGAUCUUGGCUCUUCUUAUCGAUUUUCUCAUGCCCACCUCAUUUUUACCACCUUUCUCUCUGUCUCACCUUGCGCGACCUCCUUUGUGAUUGGAACACUUUUGUAUCCUCUUAGCAUCACGCGUCUUUCAGUGCUGGCUGUACCUCGUUAUUCUGUCAGACGCCUCCUUACACUCUUACCCGUUAGGCUCGAGGAUCGGCUGUCUGACAUCGUCCCUUUCAUUACCCUACUUAUCCCUCUUUAUCCUCACCACUUGGGUUGGCGGUGAUUCGCAGCAGUCUCUCUUUUGUUAUACACCCCACCUCGUUUCCCAUCGUCUCCCACGUCUCCACCACCACCCCCACCCUAUUCGCGUGAUGAGUUCGCGCCUCUCCCUCCGUAAUCACUGAUAGCAGACUUUCCCUCCUCUGGUUUUGUACACACGUUUUUUGACAGCUGUCCGAAUUCUUUGUGCAAAGAUGUGCAAUUGUAACAGUGUUACUAUUAUCGAUCAUGAAAGAGAACUAUUCCCUUUAUUUGGGUCAGUGUUGUGAAUCUCACCGCUUCUUUCGGCCGCAUCAACAUCAUCAGCCGGUUACGUGCGUAGUUAGCUCGGUUUCCUAACUACCGUGGAUGUUAACGUUUCUCUUUCGAAAAUCACACUGUCUACAUUUUUUCUGCAGUCUCUGCCCCGUGUAUAGGUUUCUUGCAACCUAAUUGGCUUGUCUAUCCAUUGCAUGUUGUAGUAGCACAACAACGUCAGUGCUCCUCUGUGUGAAUCACAGGCAUGGCAGCGGC